AUGGGCCUCAUGGACAAAAUCAUGGACAAAGUCAUGGAAAAAGCCCAAGGCGGGGGCGGACAAUCCUCCGAAUCCUAUGGCGGCGGCGGCGGCGGCUACAGCGGCGGUGGUGACUCCGGCUACAGCUCUGGCCCUCCUCCUCCCGGAGACCUCCCUUAUCCCUGGGUCGCACGCUAUGACCCGAACAGCGGACGCCAAUACUAUGUGAACGAGCAGACCGGUGAGACGAGCUGGGAACAUCCUGGAUCCGGCGGUGGUGGUGGAUACGGAGGUGGGGAGUAUGGAGGGGGAUACGGCGGUGGGGAGUAUGGAGGGGGAUACGGCGGUGGUAGUGGUGGAUAUGGGGAGAGCUCUGGAUAUCCACCGCAGGAACAGGAGCAGAAGAAGGAUCACAGUAUGCUUUAUGGAGUUGGGGGUGCGGCGUUGGGAUUGGCGGGUGGUGCGUUGGCGAUGCAUGAGGGGGAGAAGAUUCACGAUGGAUGGGAGGACAAAAAGGAUGAUAUCGAAGAGGGUGUGCAUGAUUUCCCCGAGAAUGCUGCCCACUGGACUGGUGAAAAGGUCGGCGAAGCCGAAGAAAUCCCCGACAACAUCGAAGAAGGCUGGGACCGCUUUGGCAACAAGGUCGAGGACGGCUGGGACAACACCGUGGAAAACGUCGAGGACGCUCCCGAGAACAUCGCCGAAUGGACAGGUGAGAAGGUCGGGGCUGUGGAGUCGUUUGGCGAUGAUAUUGGAGAUGCGUAUGAUGAGGGUGAGGCUGAGGGACGGGAUGGAGAUGACUGGUCCUUCCUUAGCACAGCGCGUCUAAACUUAACCCCUGUAUUCCUAUCCGCCAACCCACUGAAUAUCCGCGUCUCCCGCGCAAUCGCAGACCACGAAGCCUACCGUCCUGGAACUACCGAAAUAAUCUGGGACGACGCACGACUAGCCAAGUCUGCAGACAGACCAGAACCUCAUCAAGCAGAAUACUACUAUCCUAAAUACGAAGACUCAAGCAAUCUAGACGAGGGCAAAGGUUACCUCAAAUGUUUUGCAAAAGCAUGCAGAGAAAAUAUCGAGGAGCUGAUUCCUCGUAAGGGCCAGGACGUGGACAGAUUUGACAAUCUUGCACGCACGGAACGAGUUGCUAUGCAGCCGUCGCUGAAACUGUGCUGGCAGUUUCAUCAGAAUCUGGUACAGUGGCAGGAGGAUGUGCUCUUUAUGGGAACGGAUGUGGAUGUUCUGGUAUAUGGGCAGAAGCGGUCUCCGGCGUUGAGGAGGAUGAUAAUUCCGCCUGCAGCGCAUGGGUCGACUUUUGCGCCUUUAUACGAUUCUCCUAUGAUCCGCGCACUGCCAAAAGGGUUUAAUUAUCCGAUUACACGCGGGUGGCCAACGGCUCCAGAUGGAGAAGUGCGACUGGAAAUUGAAGCUUGGGAAGAUUGCGACGAGGCAGAGAAAAACAAAUGGCGUGGGUUUCGCAUCAUAACGCGCGUUCCAGCGCAGUACGAAAAGGAGCAUCAGAUUUCCGAACUCGUCGUCGACAUUAAAAAUCUGGAUACCGGACUGCACUGCCGCAUCUUUGAUUGGCCGUGCAAGGAUCUUCUGGUCCAACGAGAAGACUACAAGGGCUGGCCAUCUUUCCGCAAUGGAUAUCUUCAUCGUGCACUUGGCCAGGCCAGGCCAGACUUGCGCCAUACCAAACUAAGGGUCAACGUCGAGCCUCAUCUAGAUCUCGAAGCCACGGUGGAAGGCAGUGCCGGGUGGAUGAGCCAUUUGAUCUCCCUGCAGACAAUCUUCCCGGUUGAGAAAUGGUCGCAACUGCAAAACUUGGACAUUUAG